GGUGGCUUCUUACGCCUCGAGCGAGCGGGCGAGCGGCAAAGGGCUCAAUUGGGCCCGCGAAUGAACCGAUAUCCCCAUCAUCCGAAACAAGAGAUCCAUAAACCAAGUCUCUUUUAUCUUUUUCAAUUUUAUUUUCAGCUAUGGAGGCCAACGUCGCUUCCUCCUCUUCUUCUACCUUCGCCUCUCGUUCGCUUCUUCUCGCGGUCUGCGGCGCUCGGAUCAAUAUCAGCAAGAAGAACGCUAACCCCCAUCACCACCGUUAUUCUUUCCCCGUCCGAAAUCCUCCCGGUUGUCCCCUUGUUCUGUGGAAACUUAAAGCCCAUAGUGUCAAUGUUGGCAAUUUUGCUGUCCCACUUCAGUGUGCAGCCUUUGGCUCUAAGAGAAGAACAAAAUUCUAUAAAACCAUAAGAGGUGCUGGUGAAACUUUGUUAUCUAGCUCCAUUCUACAGACAUCAUGGGGACUCAAGAAAAUACAUGCUUGGUAUGUACCAUCACCAUUCAGCUUUGGCAAUCUCGUGGGAGUCCAUGCCAAGAUUCAAACGCUAAUAAGUCGGAAAAAGGAAUUCAAGCACAAUAUCUGCAUUUUUUUCACUCGCGUGGUCAUCACUGCGAUGCUUGCCAUAUCAUUGUCGGUAACUAUCAAUAAGUCACCCGCAUGGGCACUUACUGAAGAAAAUCUCCUUUUUCUUGAGGCAUGGAGGACAGUGGAUCGUGCAUACGUAGAUAAAAGCUUCAACGGGCAAAGUUGGUUUCGUUAUCGGGAAAAUGCACUUCGCAAUGAACCAAUGAAUACACGGGAGGAAACAUAUAGGGCAAUAAAGAAAAUGCUUUCAACACUGGAUGAUCCUUUUACCCGCUUUCUGGAACCUGAGAAGUUCAAGAGCUUGCGGUCUGGCACACAAGGUGCUCUUACUGGUGUAGGACUGUCAAUCGGCUAUCCUUUAGUGCUCAAUGGAUCGCCUACAGGGCUUGUCGUUGUCUCAUCAGCUCCAGGAGGUCCUGCUGACAAAGCUGGCAUUGUAUCUGGGGAUAUCAUCUUGGCAAUUGAUGAUGAAAGUACAGAAGACAUGGAUAUAUAUGAUGCUGCUGAGCGGCUACAGGGAACUGAAGGAAGCUCAGUAAAAUUAGUCAUUCACAGUGGACCUGAGAUUAAGGACGUGGUCCUGAGGCGUGAAAAAAUUACAUUCAACCCGGUCAAGACAAGGCUGUGUGAGAUUACAAGAUCAGGAGCAGAGAAAUCCAGGAUUGGGUACAUAAAACUGACAUCCUUUAAUCAAAAUGCCUCGGGAGCAGUCAAGGAUGCCAUAGAAACUUUAAGAAGCAAUGGUGUGAAAGCCUUUGUGUUGGAUCUCCGAAACAAUAGUGGUGGCCUUUUCCCAGAAGGAAUCGAGAUUGCAAAAAUUUGGUUGGACAAAGGUGUUAUUGUGUAUAUAUGUGAUAACCGUGGUGUUCGAGAUAUUUAUGAGGCUGAUGGAAGCAAUACUGUUGCAGCAUCUGAACCGUUAACUGUGCUGGUGAACAAAGGAACUGCAAGCGCAAGUGAAAUAUUAGCUGGAGCACUAAAGGACAAUAGAAGGGCAGUAUUAUAUGGGGAACCUACUUUUGGAAAAGGAAAAAUACAGUCAGUUUUUGAGCUUUCUGAUGGCUCUGGAUUAGCUGUUACAGUGGCUCGGUAUGAAACCCCUGCUCACACUAAUAUUGACAAGGUUGGCAUCAAGCCAGACCACCCCCUUCCAACACCUUUUCCGACAGAUGAAGAAGAAUUUUGCAGCUGCCUCAAGGAUCCUUCCUCUCCUUGCAAUCUUAGUAGUUCCCAGCUAUUUUCGAGAUGACAGAACCGAGCUGCUUUUUUGCCCUUUCUUUUCCUUUUUUUUUUCCCAUUCAUCAUAUUCAGUAAGAUUUGCAUGCUGCUGUUGUGAAGAUAAUGUGAUAUUCGUGAUAAUCAAUUUAUGUUUUCUUCUGUUUUCUUUUU